CUCGGGUUCUCUUCUUCUCUUCUCUCUUCUCUAUUUUAUUUCCUUUAUAACCUUCUUCAGCUUUUCAAGCUUCUUUAUUAAAUCAUAAUACAAAAUGACCGCACGUGGUGUAGCCAGAAGCAUAAAAAACUAUGCCAAGGGAUUCUCUGAAGCGCAAAUCAAAGUGCGGGAAGCAACUUCGAACGAUCCCGGGGGACCAAGUGGUAUCAUUAUGAAUGAGGUUGCCCAGCUUACAUACAACGAACACGAUUUUGUUGAAAUUAUGGAUAUGAUUGAUCGUCGACUUAACGACAAGGGCAAGAACUGGCGUCAUGUAUUCAAGGCCUUAUUAGUAUUGGACUACUGUCUACAUGUCGGUUCAGAAAACGUUGUGCUUUAUGCCAAGGAGAAUGUCUAUGUGAUCAAGACUUUAAAGGAGUUCCAGCAUCUUGAUGAUAACGGCCGCGACGUGGGUGCAAAUGUGCGCCAAAAGGCCAAGGAUAUCACGAGUCUUCUUUUGGAUGACGCUAGAUUAAAAGAGGAAAGACAGUCUCGUAACGCGAUGCGAGACCGCAUGGCAGGUGUUGGUGACUACAUGAACGAAUCCUUAUACGGACGCGGAUAUGAUGGCACAAUGACCUUUGAUCGACCGAGCGGCCCAAGGUAUACCAACGGCAAUAACAACAACAGUAUGGACAACGACGAAGAUCGCGACCUACAGCGGGCUAUGGAAGAAAGUCGACGACUGGCACAGAGUGACUCUCGCGACCGAAACCAAGACGAUGAAGAUCUUGCCAAGGCGAUCGAAAUGAGCGAGCGAGAGCAACGAGAACGGGAGCGCAAGCAACGGGAAAAGUUGGAGCGAGACAAUAUAAAGAACUUGCUGGAUGAUGAUACAGACUUGUUCAAACCAGUUAAUGUCCAACAAACGGGCAUGACAUUUUCAGGUGUGCCACUGGGCGCACAACAGCAGCAGCAGCAGCAGCAGCACAAUCCGUAUCACUGGAAUCAGAUGCAGGCGCAGAUGACAGGCAUGCCACAGCAGUACACUGGUGUCGCACCAUUCCAAACCAACCCAAUGAUGAUGAGUCCACAGUACACUGGGUUCAAUACCGCGAUGCAAACGGGUGCUGGUUUCCCUUCAUCAGCAAACGGUCUGCAGAGCAUGUCCACAGGAAGCCUACCAAACACUAUGUCUCCUCUUAAUCCACAGCUUACAUCGAUGGGAUCCUCGCCCAUGUCUCUGAACCAGUCACAAGCACAGCAACAGACACCCGUAAAGACCGGCAGCAACAAUCCAUUUGGUCCGGGAUACCAGCAGCAGCAAACAGCAUCAUCAGUAGCAUCAGCAGCAGCAACACCAGUCGCUAUUCAAUCACAAACGCAAACACCUGUUUCUGCUCAGCAGACAGGCAUUAUACACCAGCUUUCAUCCUCGGCACCUAGUGCACAACCCCUACCACAGCAACCCCUUGAUCCACGACAUGCAAAGUUAAACACACUUCUCGCCAACAGAGACGAGGGACAAGAUACAUUUGGAAAUACAGGCAACCUACGUGUACCAGUUGGCACAGGUUUUGCUAGUUCACUUGACCCACAAGCAACCGGAAAGGCCAACAGUACUGGUGAUUUACUCAAUCUGAACAACCAGCCUACAGGCACGUCAUUUCCUCAGGUUCACAAUCCAUUUACACCGCAAUAUACCGGACAACCACAGCAACAAUCGACCGGAUCCCUUUUCUAAUUUAGUCCCGCAGUUCAUAUAGCUACUAGAACUUUUAAACGAACAUGCUAUGUACAGUAUUUCUUUUUUCUUUUUGCUCCACGAGAAUCUCCUUAUGUGGCUUCUACAUACGCGUGAUGAUAUGUUUACUUAUUGUUUUGAUCUGGGGAAAAGGGGAUUUUGUGAAUUGGACUCAAAAAAGAAAGAGCUGCUGUAAAGUAAAUUACUGCGAGCUUGAUGAUUGUGCUCUGCUUCAAGUAACCUUAUGUUGUUGGUAACUACAUCAACUGCACAAAGUGUUUCGCCCUUGGUAUAUUUUCAAAUGUAGCUGCUGGUUUUUACAUAGUACAUGGUUGGUAAACUUCAGGAAUCAUUUGUAAUAGCCUCCGAUUUACUAUGCAAUAACUUUUACCUUUUCGGUGUUAGCGC